UGUCAGAAACUCCCAACCCAAAUUCAAACCGGUGUGUACGCGCUCUGCGCAUGCUCAAACCGAGGAGGCCGCUCCACAUCUGUUCACCGCGCGCUGGAAUCGCCAUAACUUGAACUGGGGAAACGGUACAGGGCUCGCGGAGUGCCUGUAGCAGGGUGAAUCAGAAUGGGAGACAACAAGCCGAUUUGGGAACAAAUAGGAUCCAGCUUUGUACAACAUUACUAUCAGCUGUUUGACAAUGACAGGACUCAACUUGGAUCAAUAUAUAUUGAUGCAUCAUGCCUUACGUGGGAGGGUCAGCAAUUCCAGGGAAAAGCGGCAAUUGUCGAAAAGCUCUCUAGCUUGCCCUUCACAAAAAUAGCCCACAGCAUAACAGCACAAGACCACCAGCCCACACCUGAUAGCUGCAUAUUGAGUAUGGUAGUAGGCCAACUUAAAGCAGAUGAUGACCCCAUCAUGGGAUUCCAUCAGAGCUUCAUCCUGAAGAACAUUAAUGAGGCGUGGGUUUGCACCAAUGACAUGUUCCGCCUCGCGCUGCACAAUUUUGGCUAAACACCCCAUGGCUAGCAGGAGGGAAGCUGGGCAAGGUGGAGGAUGGGGUUUUACUCUUGUAACACCUGAACCUGUCAACUGGCCCUUAAUUCAUCACACUCAAAAGAAGUGGCACCGGAUUACAGCAGUCGAUCACAGACAACAUUGCAGGCAUAUACAGUACUGCCUCUACUCCAGAAAUGACAUUUUUUGAAAGCCCACACAUCCAUCAAACUGACCCUUUUUCCUUCGCCAACCUGCAUGAUGAUGGGGAGCUUAUGUAUCAGAAGACGCCCUGAUCAGGACAAAUACAUAUUAACCUAACCUUGGUUGUUUGAUAUUUACAUUUUAGUUGCUGAUUUUGACUUUGAAAUAACAACUGUCUUACAGUAUUUCUUUGAUUCAGUACAAAGUGUGUUAUCAGCUUGUUUUUAGAAUAUGCUCCUGAAAGUUUAAAUCUUACUUUGCCCCUCUUGAAAAUUGGAAUCUUCAUUCAAUGUGAUGUCAGGUUGCUCUAGCUAUCCAAAGAAUACAACCCUAAUUUCCCCCCUCCCCUCAGACCAAUGUGCUUCCCACUUUAUGUUUACUACUCUCUGUGACAAUAAUUACCAAGCCACGAUACACAAUAAAAAGUUUUGAUUUUUUUCUUAAUGUCAUCAUCCCCCUGUCUCGUUUUGCGUCUGCCUAUUACCUUUUCUGUGCUUGCCUGUUCAUACUUUUGAUGCAUCAUAUUAGAUAUAUCUAUAAAUCAUUUCCAGGUUACAAAACCAUUUUUGCAGAAAUCAGUUUAGCUUGUUUGUUAAGAUUUAACUACAUAGUGUUUGCUUAUCUGGUAGAACAGGGCUAUGAUGAGCAGUUAAACAAUGUUGCAAGUUUUUCCAUGUGUAGAGUAACCCUACACAUGGCAGAAUUAUCAAUAAAUGCUUUUGUAGAAAAGAUUAUAUGCAUAGGUAAAAACUGAUACACUCUGGUGAUGCCACAUCAAUACAGCAAGUUAAGAUUUAAUUUAUAUAUAUGCAUAUUUGUUUUUUGAAAGAGAAGUUUUUUUUUUCUUCUUCUUUUGUAAACGGGUUCCAUUUGCCCUUGAUAAAAAUCUUAGUAAUGUGAUGUGGGAAAUUAUAUUACUAAGUUUAUACUAAUGUAUUGAGUUUAUAGUGUGGCCAAAGCAGUUGAUGUUUUGCUACUUUCUCUUCUCUACUGAUCUCAAUAGCUUAUAUUUUGGCACUACCAGUACAGGAAGGAAUGAUAAAAUUAAAGGCUUAUAAAGCCUGAAGCGUGAACUUAAAAAUAAUGGUUUGUGGGAAUAAGACAUAACUAGCUCUUCAUUUUUCACAAGAAGUUUACAGUAAAGGACUAAUUGUCAGUGAUUAGAAUUCGAAAAUCCUCUUCACAAAAUAUUGAAGGCCUUUGUGACAAGUGAUGGUACGGAUAUUUUGAAAAGAUCCCCCCUGCAUUGGAGCUUUGCACUGAAAUAUCCAGAGAGAACUGGAAGAAUUUAAUGAAAUACUUAUAUACAUUUUUGACUUGAUUUCCCUACCCAAAACAACAGUAAUACAAUGUGAAUACGUCAAAAGAGACCACUUCAGUUGCCUACAUGUGGAAAUA